UGUUUCAUUUUUUGUGCCUUGAAAACCUUGAAAACAUGGAUGUACAAAGUAGUGUUUUAUCUAUACCCCUACACUAGAAUCACUUACACUCAAAGAAAUCAUGGCCGACUACAAGCUUGUGUUUGCUUUGGAACGAUACAAUUGCCAGGACUAUGUUAUAAGCACUCUAGCAGAUGCCUUGACUGUAGGUGCGGUUCCGAUUGUGGACGGGCCCAAGGACUACAGUCGCUUUUUCCCGACAAAAAACCCACUUGUUCGACUGAACUCUUUCAUCUCUCCGCAGCUCCUGGUCCGAGAACUGGACAGCUUGGACAAAAACGACGCCCUCUACCUCGAACGACUCCACUAUAAAAUCGUUACAACAACUAGAAAGACCAAGAUUUCGCCUUCGUUCCGGGAGGCCUUUGGCAGAGUGAGGGAAACGAGAGCAGUAGACAAGAAGAGCGUUGUCGCGUGGGGUCCUAAUCGAUAUAGUGCGUAUUGCGGGAUUUGUCGACUCGCACAUGACCUUUCUUAAGGCAUUGAAAACACACCAACCGUCUCAGGAAGCUGUGAAACGGAACCGCGAUAUCUAUCUGCUCAGGUGAAAGCGUACGACGAA